AUGGCUUUCAAGUUCUUGGCUCUCCUGGCUCUAAUUGCUGCCGCCAGUGCUGGUGUCCUGCCCCCCGCCCAGGUGUAUCAUCCAGCUCCUGCACCAGUGGCCACCUAUGCUGCUCCUGUGCCCCUUCCCGGCCCUGCUGCUAUCGUCAAGACGGUGGCCCAUCCUGUCCUGGCCAAGGCCGAUGAGGAGUACGAUCCCCAUCCUCAGUACAAGUUCGCUUACGAUGUGCAGGACUCGCUGUCCGGUGACUCCAAGAGCCAGGUGGAGGAGCGCGACGGGGAUGUGGUCCGCGGCGAGUAUUCCCUGAUCGAUGCCGAUGGCUUCAAGCGGAUUGUCCAGUAUACCUCGGAUCCGGUUAAUGGUUUCAAUGCCGUGGUCAACAGGGAGCCCCUGGUGGCCAAGGCCAUUGUCAAGGCUGUUGCGUAUGCCGCACCUGCCCCCGUCUAUCAUCACUAA